GGUUUUCCCUCAGUCUGCUCCUCUGCCUAACCAUGGGGACUUUCAACCUGUGGACAGACUACCUGGGCCUGGCAAGCCUGGUUGGGGCUCUGCAUGAGGAAGAGGUACCUGAUGGCAGGCUGGACCCCAAGCCAGAGCCUAAGCCGAGCCCAGAAAGCCAGAAAGCCAGCAAGGAACCCUCAACAGCUCCUGAACGUUUGUGCUCAUUCUGCAAGCACAAUGGCGAGUCCCGUGCCAUCUACCAGUCCCAUGUCCUGAAGGAUGAGGCUGGCCGGGUGCUGUGUCCCAUCCUGAGGGAUUAUGUGUGUCCCCAGUGUGGAGCUACUCAGGAGCACGCCCACACUCGGCGCUUCUGCCCACUCACCGGCCAGGGCUACACUUCUGUCUACUGCUACACCGCCCGGAACUCUGCAGGCAAAAAGCUGACCCGGCCUGACAAGGCAAAGACACAGGGUGCUGGCCACCGCUCUGGAGGAGAAGCAGCAGCAGCAGGUUCCAAAAGUGGCAAGAAGCCCUCUGGACCUUCACCCUCGGCCUACAGUCCCUCCACUACAGCCUAGGAGCUUGGAGUGGGGAGGACCAUGGGGUGCCCUUGCCAAGGGUCUGGACACAGGCAUGCUGGAGACUGAACCUUGCUUAAGACUCCGAGGCUGGCCACAGUUGUUGGAGAUCGCCCUUCCCCCACCCUAGUCCUGCUUGUGUUGUUGCAUCAGCACCCAAUAAAUGGUGAGGAGUGGAGCCUA